AAGCGCUUUCACAACCCUCUCUAGCGCAGAACUUUCCGAGCGAGAAUUUGAGAAUCUUUAACGGGAUGCGUUUGUAUGGCAGUGCAGUGAGUAUUGGUGCAAUGCCGGUUGUUGUGUGAGUGUGUGUGUGUAUGCGACUUUCUAUGUAUGGGAAAUUGCAAUUUUGAGCUUUUUUGGGGUCUACGCCGGUUGGAUGUGGGUCAGUAGUAGGAACUCUCGGUUGGCGGCGUCAACGUUUCCCUAGCUCUUCUUCACAAAAAUACACAUUGCAACCGAACGAAAAAAGACUAAUAAAUAUUUCUACUUCAAUCUUUGUUCGUAUUUUCGUUGUCGUUUGCCGCAGAUGCGUCUUAAUUUUGUUUCCGCCUGGCGAAUUUCGACGGAAAUCUUGAAUGUCGCAGUGCAAAUAGUAGAAUGCUGACUGAGCAGCAGGAGCUCUGUAGUCGUAGUUUGUCAAGCCAAGCUGGACGGCCACAGCCGGAAAAUUAUUCCGGGGCGGGCGGCAGGCCACACGGCGUAUGCGUAACGAGAGAACGAAACGGAAAGUGAUGCGUAAUUUGCGGGCCCAACCAACAAAAAUUCAAAUAAAAUUACAAAUAUCAGAAUCAGUGCAAGGCGAUAUACAAAACCAGCAAUCAAUUAUCAGUUUCAUACUAAUUAAAAGCCCAGCAAGAAGUAAACGGGUAUUCUUUUCAAUAAAAUUGAAAGCAAUGUAAGGGAAAAACCAGUGCAAAUGCAAAACGAGAGUACAAAGCGCAGCAAACGGCAGCCAAAUGAAGAAGAAUAAUUCAAAUCAAGUAAAACUUCAACCACAAACAACUAGCAGAAUAAGCAGCAACCACUGAACCCCCUAUAUAUAUAAAACCAGCACAUAUAUACACAGUGUUAGCUGAGCAACAAUCUAGCUAUAGUCGCCAUGCAUGGACAUCACAACCACAACCAUCUGCCGCAGCAGCAGCCACAAAAUUCGCAGGAGCAGCAGGCGGGUGCCAUCAUGAAGGCAGCCAACCAGCCCCACCAUCCCGCCCACAGCCAUCAGCUCAAUCACCCACAUCCGCACCAGCAUGUCCAGCCACACCCGCAUCCACAUCCGCAUCCGCAUCACAAGCUGUCGGCGAGAAGGGCGCGCAGUCGCAGUCGAAGUCGCAGUCCGUCGCCGGAUGGCAAUCAGGACUACGAUGUGACCAGGAUGCGGGAGGAGGACUUCGAGCGGCUGGCCGUCUACCUGGUGCCGGAUGUCCAGGCGGAGCGGGGACUGCCCAAUCGGGCGGACAAGACGCUGCCGCGCAGCCUGACGCUCAAGUCAUCCAUGGUCUACUCAACGCCAAAUGUUAAGACUGAAGGAGUUUGGAGCAGCGGGGUCAUCCCACGUGGCACUCGCUUUGGCCCAUUCGAAGGCAUUCCAACCUCUAAUUAUCCCAAUGAUAAGAAUAAGGCGCGCUAUUUCUGGCGGGUGCAGGGAACACGCCACAUAACCUACGGGAAUAUUAAGAUCUUCAAGGACGACGACUACUAUUACUUGGAUGGUUCCGAUCGCUCGCAGUCCAAUUGGAUGCGCUAUGUGGCCUCCGCGUAUAGUUUAUCCGUAAUGAACCUGGUGGCGUGUCAGCACCAGGAGAGCAUCUAUUUCUACACCACCCGCGACAUUCUGCCCAACGAGGAGCUGAUGGUGUGGUACUGCAAGGACUUCGCCAGUCGCCUGGGCUACGAUGUGGAUCCUGAGACGACGAUCUUUGGCGCCUGCAAGCAGGCUGUAGAAGCGGAGGAGGAGGCGGACGAGGAGGAGGAAGAGGCGGAGGGAGAGGACGGAAAGCCGCGAUACUCGAUGCCAGCUCCGGAAAUUCCACCAGAUGUGGCCGUGAGUCACAUAACCUACGUCAUGGGUCUCCAUCUGCCUGUGGGAGCGGGAAGUGGUCCAGCGAAUGGAUCGGUUGCGGGUUCCGUUUCCGGUGCCACACCUCCACCCCCGACUGCCACGCCAUGCUGCCGCCGCUCCAGUCCACCCGCCCACGUCAGCACCACCACCUCCACCUGCAACGCCCACCACCCGCACAUCCAGCAUGGUCGACAUGCCUCCGUGAUCAUCGGCCAGGAUCGAUCGCCUAUGGCCAGCAGUGACAAGGAUACGGCGGGAUCUCCUCUUUCCGGUCUGGACCAUCAGAUGACCCCACAGGAUGGCAGCGUGAGGUCUGUGAGAUCGGACGAGGGCUACCACAGCAACGAGUGCCACGAGGAUGGACUCACACCACCGGAGGAUUCCAGCGACAGCGAGAGUGAGCAUAACUACGUGCUGGACUGCUCGAAGAAGGCGAUUGCUCCCAAAGAGACAGUGAUUGCCCAGGCCCAAAAGCCCAGCAGUUCUCCACCGGCGGUGGUAAUGGCCAACACGACUACCAACUCAAUGAUUAGCCACAGUUCACCCACUGCGACGCCCAUUUGCGAAACGGACAAGAAUGAGUACAGAAAGUUCAAGGUGAAGAUGCCACUGAAGUACGAGUUCAAGAACAAGAGCUGCGUGAAACAGGAGCCAAGCCUUAAGGAAGUGGACCAGGAGAUGUCCUUGCCGCAGGAGGAGGAGGAGGAUCAGGUGAUGCAUCCGGAACCCGAUUCCAUUUGCCCAUCGACCACCACCCAUCUGGGCGAUGAGCACAUGCUGAUGAUGGAACGGGAACGGGAGAGGGAGCGCGAAAGGAUCCAGGAAAGGGAACCAUCCAACCAGCAGCCCGCCUCCUCCACGGUCAUCGUACUGGAACACAACUCCGGCGGUCAAGCCCGCACCAUUGUCCCACUGAGUAAGCCCUACUACGAACCAGAUCCUCCCAGCGAACGCUAUAUGCGAUUUGGCCAGCCCUCUUCAAGCAUCCUGGAGACCAUCCUCACCAGCCAACAUCGCUUGGAGGCGGCAGCUGCUGCGGCAAAUGCCUGCCGACAGGCCAAUGCCGCCACACCACCACCCACAUCGCCCACGGAGAUGGCCUACAGCUACAAGAAGUCCCAGCGAUACGGCAAUGCCGUGAGUCCGGAUAGUAGCUCAAACCUGGGACAGAAUCCCGAGCAGCUCUCCUCGUCGGCAGUGGUGGUCGGUGAACAGGAAAUGACCAGAGCCACGCUGAUCAAGGGAGAGUGCUCACCACCACCGCCUAGCCACCAUCAUCACAAUGUCAUCUUCUCGCCUUCGAGACAUGCUGCUUAUCUGGGAGCUGGAGAGGCGGGUGGCCACUCGCCCAGUCCAGGUUAUCCUGGCUAUCCCCACUAUGGAGCUGCUGCCACCUCGACCUUCCACUCACCACCACACAGUUCCCAUUCCCCCUUCGAUCGCCAGUCGAAUGCCUCCAGUGGUGCGGGUUCGGCCACCAAUCUGCAUUUAUUGCAAACCAGCACCCAAAUGCUGAACCAUCCGCUGAUGCAGCCCCUCACUCCCCUGCAGCGCUUGUCCCCGCUGAGGAUUUCACCACCCAGCAGCUUGAGUCCUGAUGGCAACUCAUGUCCCCGCAGCGGCAGCCCCCUGAGCCCCAAUUCCUUGGCCUCCAGGGGCUACCGAUCGUUGCCCUAUCCGCUCAAGAAGAAGGAUGGCAAGAUGCACUACGAGUGCAAUGUGUGCUGCAAGACUUUUGGCCAGUUGAGCAACCUCAAGGUGCACCUGAGAACCCAUUCCGGCGAAAGGCCCUUCAAGUGCAAUGUGUGCACGAAGAGCUUCACCCAGUUGGCGCACCUCCAGAAGCAUCAUCUGGUGCACACGGGCGAGAAACCGCAUCAGUGCGACAUCUGCAAGAAGCGUUUCUCGAGCACCUCCAACCUGAAGACCCAUUUGAGGCUGCACAGUGGUCAGAAACCAUAUGCCUGUGAUCUCUGCCCGCAGAAGUUCACACAGUUUGUGCAUCUGAAGUUGCACAAGAGACUGCACACGAACGACAGGCCCUAUGUGUGCCAGGGUUGCGACAAGAAGUACAUCAGUGCAUCCGGCUUGAGGACCCACUGGAAGACCACCAGCUGCAAGCCCAACAAUCUGGAGGAGGAGCUGGCCAUGGCAGCAGCGGCUACAUCGGAGUGUUUGGAUAAAGACCAUCCCGAGCCGGACUCCCGAGAAGCCUACGAGCAACUGACGCAGCACAUGCAUCCUGCUGUGCAUCCGGGAUUGAGGCACCUCUCGAGUGGGGGUCAAUCACCACCGCGCCUGAUACCCCUGGGCAAUCACAUGGCGCCACAACAGCAGUCGCAUCAGCAGCAGCAACAGCAGCAUCAGCAGCAGGGCGUGCCACCGCCCCACUUGCUGAUGACCCAACAUUCGGUGGGUCCGGCACCCAUGCUGCUGACCACCGCCAGCCAGUUGCCACCACCGCCGCCACACCAUCAGCAGAACUCGCCCAGCCGCCUGCUGCAACAUGGCCACCCACAUCCGUUGCAGAUGCAACAGCAGCAGCAGCAGCACUCGCCCAAGGGACUCAAAUCCCUGCCGGAAUCGGGGGUGUAUCUGCAUGGACAUAAUGUGCAGGCGCAGGAGAGCAGACCAUCGGUCAUUGAGUCCUCCAACCAGCCCAUGAUCAUCGAAUGCACGUAGAAGGUACAUGCUACAUGGCAUACAAAACGGACAUGGAGCAGCUGCAGCCCAGACCAGGAAGUGAUGGAAUCCAAGUGCAAUAAAGUUAAAUAGAGUUAAGCGACAGACAGGCAGACAGACAGACGAUACCCCUUUUUAAACAAAAUCGAAAAGGAUAACAAAAACGCAGCACAAGUAAACGUAACGGUAUUAUUAUAUAGUUGUAUAUAGUUAGAGAUUCCCCUCGUAAAUUUUUGAUCCUCCUCAAACCCUGAAAUUGAAAUUGAAAACUCAUUUUCGCGCUAUGAAAACUAGAUCUCACCAAUUGGCAAUCCCAUGAAUUCUUCUUCUCAUCAUUAUCAGCAUGGCAGGAGAGCACUAAAGGCAUAUUAUUUUUGAUAAAUAUUUUAUAUAUAUACACCGAACAUAUAAAACAAAGUGAACAAAAUUGGUUAACAGCAAGCGAUUGUUAAUGGGAAAAUAAAUGGAGCCGGCAGCAGAUGAGAAUUUUGCGGAAAACUGAGAACGAGAGAAAGAAAAUGCAUUUACACUUGACUUUCGAUGAUUUUCCAGUUCUGAUUUGUUCUCACACCCUCGCUGUUUGUUUGUUUGUUGAGGCGCGCACCUUUAGAUGUAGAUUACGUAGUAAAGAGUUAAAGGAUAAAUAAGGAUACAUUUACACAUACAAUACAUAGAUUCAAGUUGCCUUAUUUGAAUUUCGUUAGCACUGAGAUCCGCGGAAAGAACAUUUCGAUUAUCUCUGUUCAGUAAGAACAGAUCUGCAAAGCUUAUAUACGUAUUUUAUAUAUGAAUAUAUCAUUAUUAUACAUACGAAUAUAUAUAUUUAUAUGUAUUUUAUUAUAUAUACACAACCGGAAAUGCAGCAACAAACAAAUGAUAGCAAAACUGUACAUAGAAGGAAAUCUUAUUUCGGCAUCUGUUGAACUAGUAUCGCCUAGCUAUAUAUAAUUACGUAGACCUCUAGGGAUUACCAUUACCAUUAUCAUUAUUAUGAUUACUAUGAUUAUUACGGAAAAAAAGAUAUAAAAACUAAGCAACAAACAAAAGAAAAAAACGUAAAGAAAACUUAGCUGAAAAAUCGGUGCUUUUGACUGUUUCCAUUUGUCCACGUUUACAUUUACGAUUGUAUUUGUAUUUCGAAACAUAUGAAUUAUAUUGUAAACCACACUAAAUAUAUAUAAAAUAUAUACACGUUAGUAUAACUCUCUAGGAUAUUUCCCCACAAACUACUUUGCGCCUUAAUCAUUCAACCUUCCUCCAGCUCCUUUAACUCCUUUCACCACAAACAAAAAAAAAACAACGGAAUCCAAAAAAUUUGCUCGUAUUGUACUUUACCAAAAUUAUGCUCUCAAUUAGUCUUCGUUUUCGUCUGAAUAUUAUAUAUAUAGUAUAUAUAUAAAAUCUUUAGCUAAACAUAAGCUUAUAAUCUUAAUGAGGCUGACUAGCUUUAAGUAUCCACGUAAAUCUAUUAAGCGCAUAUUAAUUAAAUUAGACACUAAGGUCUGUAUAUUAAAGGCUGAGUCCAGAACUCGGCUUCGAUCUGUAAGACACAACACCAAUUCGUAAUGAUUAAGUAUUUGUCUUGUAAAGUACGAGAUACGGGGUGGGAAGUUCGGGUAAAUUCUGUAGAAUCCCGAUAAUUGAGACUAAGACUAUGCAAAAGUUUUUGUAUUUUUGUAUUUGAUACAAAGCAAGCAGGAGUUAGGAAACGAGUGACGAUGAGAUGUUUUAGCCACGUAAAGUCUAGUUUAAGCUAGCCCUAAGAUUUCUAAGCAUAUGCAAUAUUUAUACGCAUAAUAUUUCUAAAAAGAAAAGCAAAACGCAGAAAAGAUGAGACAAGCCUACAUACAUGGAAAAUAUAAAAGAAGAUAAUCAAAAUUAUACAAAAAAACACAAAAUUGAUUUUUUAUUUCUCGUUUGGUUUUAAACUCACAUUUGUUGGUUGUGCAAUAAUCUAAUUAUUUUUUUUUUUGUUUUUUGUGCAAUAGUUCGCGAAUUUAUGUUUUUGUUUCUCUUCGCCAUCAUUUGAUCGAGUUGAAACUCUUUAGGAAUCUACUAAAAUAAGCGACACACAUAAUACUUUCCUAUUUGUGAGACUGAAUGAAUUACUAUAUAUACAAUACUCGUACUCGUAACUCAUAGAAAACCAAUCGAAGCUCCAUCAGCAGCCCCAUCUUAUAGAGGGUCUGCAGUGGACUCCACGGAAACCCAGACAUUUCGAUAUAUAUUUUACCGAACCUUUUGUUUGAGCAAGCAUUGUAAUAUAUUACGAUACGAAUAUGGAUACUUGUAGGCAUAUAGAUAUAUAUUUAUACAAAGCACACUUACAUAAAUACGUAGUCGUAGAGAGCUAUAGCUAUAGCUAUUUAUACAUACGAACAACCUAUGGCCUAUGGUUAAAGCGCCCAACUUUGUACAGUAAUUGAAAUCUGUUUCAGGAUUCAAGGAACGUGACGACACAACGUAAAUUUAAAUGGAGAAUAAAUGACUGCUUCUUAGUGUUAUAAGUGACUCUGAUUUAGGUCGAACACACAUACACACAUUUACACUCACUCACACACACAAAAACACACAGACACACACACAAAUGAUUCAAGGAUCAAUUCUAGAAAUCAAAUCCAAAUAUAUAUUCCAUUAUAUAUUCAAUAAGUCUAUCGUAUACCUUUAUUGCAAUCAAUAUUUCAAAUGUAUGAAUCUAUAUAAUUACAAUUAUCUAUAAUUCAGCCCUAUAUAGAUCAUGUAGAGCCUUUGUUAUAUGUACGUAUGUAUGUCCUAUGAAAUUGUUUCCCCACUCUCUCUCUCUCUCAUAAACACAAAAUGUACAAAAUUGGUUCUCAUAAAUAAUUAAAAAUUAGAAAAAGAAACAACAAAAACGCAGCGAAUUUCAUUUGCAAUCAAAGCGAAGCCCAAUUAAAAAUGCAAUUAAAUGUAAUCAUUUUAAUAUUCGAGAUGGAGAUUGAGUUUCUGUUUGAACCCUCUUGAACAAAAUAAAUGUUGAUUUACACGAGCCUCAAGGUA